AUGACGUUAACGGCUAACAGCGAAUUCUUAGUUCAGCUUGGUACUCUGUACAGGGAAGCCCGUCUUGAUGGAGCAAAAAGUGUUUAUGUCACCAUGAAGCCAUAUGACGGAAGAUCGAAAGCAGUUCCUAAAGGUACUCCUCUUCAGCCCGACACUGUUCAAUGCCUCUUCCGAGCUAAACUAGGAAAUCGAAAAAUAAGCACAGUUGUUGCAGCUAAAGAUGUAAAUAAAUUCCAUCAGGAUUACGUAGGAGUUUUGCGAACAAACUUAACCAACUUAGAGAAGAGGAAAAAAGAAGAUGAGAAGAAGACUAAGGCUAAAGCUUAA